AGCUUGUUCCGGUGUCCGCCGCGUGGUGUCGCUGUGGUCUGCACUGUGACACCGAUCAUUGGUUGGUCGGGUAGUGACGUAUUUCCUCCCGGAAGCUUAGCUCGGAUCGAGAAUGGCUUCGAUGUUUACUUGUUGUUUUGGAUGCUGCGGAGAAGGAGGUUCAGGGCAUGUUCCCCUCAAAGAGAUGCCCACGGUUCAGUUGGACACUCAUCACAUGGGCACUGAUGUUGUCAUUGUAAAGAGUGGCAGAAGAAUAUGUGGCACAGGAGGCUGCCUUGCUAAUGCUCCUUUACACCAAAAUAAAAGUUAUUUUGAGUUUAAAAUCCAAUCCACAGGUGUGUGGGGAGUCGGUGUGGCCACUCAGAAAGUGAAUCUCAACCAAGUGCCUUUGGGCAGAGACACAAACAGCCUGGUCCUGAGGCACGAUGGAUCUGUUUAUCACAACAAUGAAGAGAAAAAUCGCCUGCCUGCAAACAGCCUUCCCCAGGAAGGUGAUGUCAUAGGCAUCACAUAUGACCAUGUGGAGAUGAAUUUAUAUCUUAAUGGAAAGAAUAUGCAUUGUCCGGCCUCAGGGAUCCGUGGUACAGUCUACCCCGUUGUUUAUGUGGAUGACAGCGCCAUCUUAGACUGUCAGUUCAGCGACUUCUACCACACAGCUCCCCAAGGGUUUGAGAAGAUCCUCUUUGAGCAACAAAUCUUCUGAACAAGCGCAUCAGCCUCUAUGUUCACCGCUGAAUUUCCCUGCGACCUCUGUGACACUAAAGUGACUUUCAGCCAAUCAUGUGUGACUAUAGUGCAUUUCUUCAUUUCUGUUUCCUUUUGUCCUCCUCUGUGUCUCUUGUUAAAUGCUGCUCUGGCAAAGCUGUGGAGGUGUGUACUGAUAGAAUUCUGUAAAACGAUGGCCUUGUGUCAGGGGGAACCGAGCUGUUCUCGGAACAACUGUCAGCUGCUGCUUUCAUCCAUCAGUAUGUGGAUGCCAAACAAUGAUGACACGUGUUCACAAUCAAAAGCUGUUUUCUUCUAGUCAUUCAGAGUUACUUUCACAUUGUACCCCGCCUUCAUUAAUAUACUGCUAGCUCAGAGUGCAUUCUUCUAAUUCAUAUAUUUAUUUUGGGUCCAUAUCAAAGGAAAAACUCCUUUUCAAAUGCUUUUGUUGGGUGGGUAUCUAGCAAUAUUCUUGGAGUUGAGUGAAUACAUAUAAAGUCACCUGCGUUUUACUGCCUUGUUAGUAUUUUAGAUCAUAGGGAGGAAAUGUAAGGCUGAGCAAAUCAGUCCACCUUCUGUUGUCGGAGAGUGCAGAGAAGUCGUUUACAGAGUAAAAUACUUCUUAAAUGGAAAAACAUGUGUAUAAAAACUACUUGUUAAUUCACCUUUCUGGCAGUUGGUUGUUUUUUUCUGUCAGCAUUUUCUCAGUGUCCGAUUGGAAGUAUAUAUAUAUUAUUGUCAACCUGUUGUGUUCUACUGGCAGUGUGUAUCUGCUGCUGAAGGGUGAAAAUAUUUAAACUGCUUCUCUUUUGUUUUUUUGUUUGCACUACUGAUGAUCCUGUUCAAAUCCAGUUAUUGUUGAAUUAUUAAUAAAUACUUGUUUGAAGGCUUCA